AAAAGCACUUUAGCUUAAAGCUCAAACAUCCUUGUAAAAACUAGAAGGGGUUGGGAGUGACAUAUAUAUAUAUAUAUAUAUAUAUAUAUAUAUAUAUAUAUAUAUAUAUAUCAAUCAAAAUUAUGAGUGUCAGAGAAGAGGCAAUGGGAAACAAGAGGUCCUUUUCUGAUCACCCCUUUUUCGGGGUAUUGAAGGCGUGUUUCUCAGGUGGAAGCAGGUGUGAUUAUGAGUAUUUGGAAGGUGGUAGUGGCAGUAGUGGGAGAAGGAUGUUUGCAAGUGAUGAAGACAGAAAACAUUGGGUUGCUGAGCCUGGCAUUGACAGAAAAGCCUCUGAUUUCAUUACUAAAUACUACGCCAAGAGAGUCACUGACUCUCAGCACCAAUUUGCAUCUUGAAAUUGCACUUCUUCGUUAAUUGCUUACCCUUUUUGCAUGUAGCUCUCUCUUUUUAGAGUCUCCCCCUCUCCCUCUCUCUCUCUAUGUGUCUCAUGUAAGAGAUAUGCUAUUGAACUCUUUGUACUCUUGUGUUUGAGUCAUUGUGCCUCUUUUUAUAUGGCUUUUUCAACAAUCGAUGUAAGUAGAAUUGACGACGUAAAAUAUAUUUCAUGUAGUAGUGAUGACUUAAUGCCUUUGAUUUCUCAUAAUAAGAUUUGAAACAUGAGAAUUUUACUUUUUAUU